AUUAUCAUAUUGGUGGAAAGUGGAAACUGUCAUAAAAUUUUUGUGGUCAUUGCAAAUAUUGAUUUUUUUUAUUUUAUAAAAUAUUAAACAAUUUGUUCAGGACUUCAGGUGUAAAUUCGAUUAACAUGUCGCUGUUUCCUUUAGAAUCAAAUCCAGACGUUAUGAAUAAGUUCAUGCAUGUUCUGGGAGUUCCUGAGAAGUUUAAAGUAGUAGAUGUCUAUGGUCUAGAUACAGAUGCACUUGCUUGGGUACCCCGGCCGGUAAUUGCUAUUAUCCUACUCUUUCCCUGCAGUGAAAAGUUCUAUGCUCACGCCCAAAAAGAAAAGGAAGAAUAUUUAAACAAGGCACCAGAAAUAAGUCCAAAUAUAUGGUAUAUGAAACAGAAAGUAUCGAAUGCAUGUGGUACUAUUGCUUUGAUUCACAGUAUCGCAAAUAAUGAUGAGAGAUUGAAUUUGACAGAAGGAGCAUUUAAAAAGUUACUCUCCGAGUCUAAGAAUAUGACCCCCGAAGAGAGAGGAGAUAUCUUGCUAAAGGCAGAGGAUAUAGCUUUUAAUUUGAUUAACACUCAUCAAGAACUUGCUAUGGAAGGUCAAACAGAGGUCCAACCUGAUGAGCAGGUCAACCACCACUUUGUAGCCUUAGUAGAAAAAGAUGGAGAACUUUAUGAAUUAGAUGGACGAAAAGAAUUUCCUGUUACGCACGGAAAAACAACUCAUGAAACUUUUUUGGAGGAUGCUGCGAAAGUGUGCAAAGAAUUUAUUGAGAGAGACUCUGAAGAUGUUAAUUUUACUGUGAUGGCAUUAGUUGAGGCGGAGGCUUCUUAAAAAUCCAAGAACGAUAUGUCUAAAAAGCUUAUUCUUACUAUGAUUAAAUUUUUGUUUGCAAAAUCUGCUGUUACUCAUUUCUACGGUGUAGCUUUUGUACGUGCCUUGUUUUCUAUAUUAUUUUUUGUACUGAAAUUGUGAUAUGAGCAUUGGAGCCAAAUAAAUAAAUAAAUAUGAAUCCAUUUUUUGUAAAC